GGCUCGAAGUGCGCUGGCCCCGGCCGGCUGCCCUCCAUUACACACACCCCCAGUCGGGGUCAUCAUCAUCAAACAUGUCGUAGAGUCAGUGACGCGGCUCCAGAGGGAGCCUUCGUCUUUUGUCCGACGCACCGUAGCACUCGCGGGGGUCCGCGGGAUGGGGCCCGCGCGGCGGCGGGGCGCGGCGUUGUGGUCCGCCGUGCUGCUGGCGGCGUGCCGGGGGUCGGCCGCGCACCAAGCGCAGGGGUGGGGCGCCGCCGCCCCGAGCCCGCCGUCCGACCGCCAUGCCUGGCUGACCGCCGCGCUGGUGGGCGGAGGCCCCGAGCUGGGAGCCCCAGGCUCUGUCCGAGAGCGGCGGCAGUCGCGCAAGGCCUUCUACGAGGAGGCCGCGGCGUGGCCGCAGGCCAACCUGAAGGCCAUCGCGACGGGCAGGCAGCAGGUCGCCCAGGGCCCUCAGGACAUCUACGAGAAUACGUGGGUCAUGGCGGCCGGGCAGCAGCAUGAGCGGCAGCCUGUCGGCUUCAGGGUCUGGUUUGUCCUGCUGUUCGCGGCGGGGCUCGCGGCGAAUUUGGCCUGCUGGAGGUGGAUGGCCGGCCCCGAGGACAAGAGCGCCUCCGACCUCGCCCCGGCGGGGCCGCCCGACGAGGCCGCCGCGGAGCGCGCCGCCGCCCCGCCGCCCGCCGCGGGACCAGCUGCUGGGGCGCCAUCGGAGCUCGGGAUGUCGAUCCUGGUGGCGGGCGCGUGGAUGGUGGUCAGCGUGGCCCUGGUCCUCUUCAACAAGUGGCUCUUCACCGACGGGGGUUUCCCUUACCCGCUGACUCUCGCCGCACUGCACAUGGCCAGCUGCUUCGUUGUGUUCAGCAUCGUCAGCUGCCUGCCUGUCCGAUUUCGCAAGUGCGUGAUGCCAGACGUGGACAGGCACAUCUCUUGGGGGACCUACCUCCACGGUUUCCUUCCCAUAGCGAUCUUGUACGGGAUCGGCGUCGGCUUCGGCGACCUCGGAUUUCUGUUUGCCUCGGUCUCCUUCAACUUGUUCAUAAAGCCUGCGAAUAUCGUGUGGACCACUGCCGCGGCCUUUGCGUUCAACCUCGAGGUGCGCACAUCGACGCACGUUUUCAUCGUCCUGCUCGUCUCCGCAGGCGUGGCCCUGGCUGCAGGCUCGGAUCUAGACUUUAGCCUGACGGGCCUCCUCUGCCAGCUGACCGCCACGGCCAGCGAAGGUAUCCGGCUGGUGCUGAUCCAACACCUCUGCCAGUGCGGGUCGAAGCUGGACCCCGUCACCAUGCUCUACCGCUUCUCGCCGCUAACAGGGCUGCUGCUCUGCGGCCUCUCCUUCGCGUUCGAGGACCCGCUGGACUGGGGCGGGCUCGCCAGCCCCGGCCUCCUGGCGCUGAACUGCGCCAUCGCGGUGGUGCCGGGAGACCCCGCCGCGGGGGCGGCUGGCAGCCCGACGCCGCCCGCCGCCCCUUGCGGCGAGGGAGGGGGGAGGGAGCUGGCGGGCCCGCGAGGCCUGCGACACCUUUGGGACCCGUGGGCCUGUGGAGCCUGUCAGGCCGGUAGGUGGUGCCCAGGGGACCACUGGGAAGAUCUGCGGC